GUUCAAUGUCACCGUCACCAUGACAAAAUGGAGCGCUGAAGAAGAAGUUCAUAGAUGAUGACAAGUUUGAGAAAAAGAAGAAGUUUGAGGUUGGAAUUCUUUAAAAUCACACAUGCAAAGAGCAAACAAUCUCUGCAAACAGAAUUGUUUUUUUUUAAAGAAUUUAUAAGCAUAUUGAAGCAAAAUGUCUGUUUGGAAAAAGGCGGCGAAAUCGAACCAGAAGACCCAUAGAGAAAGACAUCAGCCUGAGGAAAGGCAGCAUUUGGGGUUGCUGGAAAAGCACAAGGACUUCCAGCGAAGGGCCCGAGACUACAAUGAGAAAAAGGCGACGUUGAAACUGUUGCGGAAGCGUGCUCUGAACAGGAACCCCGAAGAGUUCUAUCACCACAUGAUCAAUUCUAAAACCGAGAAUGGCAGGCAUUUUGAAAAGGAUCUGGAGCCUGAAGACACUCCAGAGCAGAUCCAGCUGAUGAAAACGCAGGACUUAAAGUACAUAGUCACCAAAAGGACGCAGGAACAGCGAAAAAUUGAGAAACUGCAAUCGCAGCUGCAUCUCACUAGUGUGGAGCACAACAUCGAGAAUAAGCACAUGUAUUUUGAGAAAAGCGCUGAGCGUGUGGAUCCAGAAAAGGAGCGGCAUCAGCGGCUGGCUACAGUCGAGUUGCCUGAUGUUAAUCUGAAAGCUUUGGAGAAAGCUACCAGGACUCGCCAGUCGAUGUACAACGAAUUGGCUAAAAGGAUAAAACGGGAAAAGGAACUGGCCGUUACUCAGCAAAAACUUGAAAUCACCAGAGCGGUAGAAGGCAAGAAAACGGUCUUACCUCCUAAAAGGCUCAAGAAAGGGACGACGGACAGUCCUCCAGUGUACGUUUGGAAAUAUGAACGAAAGAAGUAAUACAAAACCUUUUAUUUUUAUAUGAAAAACACUAGUACACUGUACAUCAUACUGACUUAUAUUUACGGUAAUUGAGAUCGCUUUGUUCUGUAACAGUUAAGAGGGAUUCCAGAAAA